CGUCACCCCAUUCAAAUGAAUGGGCAGAAGCGUUGAAGCGGCAACGCACGCCGCCGUGUGUAGGGCUCUGGUCCUGGUUCUCCAGCGGUGUGGCUCCGCCCCCAAAGGAUCAACAGUUACUUUUUAAUGCGCAUUUCCUCAUUAUUCACCCAGUGUGUGUCAGGCUCUCCGUCUCACACAGUCAAGAUGUUUCCCUUUUCCUUGUUGUCACCAACUACUUGGACUCUGCUGGCUGUCUUCCUCACCCUGGUUUAUCUGUAUGGCACUUGGCCGUAUAGGCAUUUCAAAAAACUUGGAAUACCCGGACCGAAGAAUUUGCCCUUUUUAGGAACGAUUUUACACUUUAAGAAGGGGAUUCUUGCUUUUGACAGUGAGUGCCAUGCCAAGUAUGGGGACGUCUGGGGGUGAGUUGUAGCUUUAGCUGUCCUCUUAUUGGGAUUGGCUAUUUUGAGCCAAAAUAGAUAUGUUAUUGUUGUUGUAUAAAUGUAAUGUGUGGUUAGAAUGAUUCCCGACACCCUUGUUCAUGCAGGUGCAUGCAGAAUAUUUUGUCAACAAAAAUAUUGUACUUUUUUUAAUCAAUGUUGACUUUUGGACUUUUUGGACUAAUAUCAUUUCUGGAUGACACAAGUCUGAAACAGCUCUACACAGCCACCACUGGAAUCUUAUUAUAUACAUUUAAUAAUUCAAAAUAAUAUUAGUGUAGUCUAAUAUUUAUUUAAUUUUGCAACCGGGCAGAUCAUUACGGAUUUAAACAGGAUGGAAAAGGAGAAAAAAGCUGCUUAGCAUUCGAAUGUAGAUUAGGAAUUUAAUUAUCAAUGCUAUAAAAAAAAGCUUCAAACUUUAAAGCUAUUUUGUACAUACAUUUGUUGCCAUACAUUAAGUUUUGGGGGGAAAAAUAAAUCAUAAAUACACAUCAACAUAAAAUGAUGUGACCUGGUUUAUUAUCUUAACCAGUUUAUAUUUAUUUUGGUAUUUUAAACAGUUUUAAUUUCCUUUCCUCACUGUCUACUGAGUGGCAUUGGUAUUGGGAGUUGAAAUAGUACUCAGCUCUUUACUGAGUGGUGGAAGAAAUGCUACGGUUAGGGUUACAGUACAGUGUAAAAAUACUGUGUUACAAGUAAAAGUCCUGCAUUUAAAGUCUUACUUGGGUAAAAAUGCAAAAGUAUUGGCAUUAUAUAUGUGAAUUACCAAAAGUAAGAGUACUGAUUUUGCGCAAAAGCACAUUUCGGAAUCAUGUAUAUUAAAUUACUGGAUUAUUAUUAUUGAUGAAUUCAUGUUUUCAUCACAACUGCUCAUUAUAUAUCAAUGUUUAUUUAUUUUGUAUUAGCUAAUACUCUGAAUAUCUAGAGUAAUUUGUGUUCUCAAAUAAAUGUAGAGGAUUAAAAAGUACAAUAAUGUCGCCCAAACUGUAGUGGAGGAGAAGUAUAGUAGCGUAACAUGACAACUAAAACAUUUUUUUUUGGUAUAUGUUACUUGUUAGACGCUUUUAUCCAAAGCGACUUACAUACUCAAUACUGUGGACAAUCCCCACAGGAGCAAUUUGGGGUGAAGUGUCUCAGGGACACAACGACAUGCUGACUGCAGUGGGGUUUUGUUAGGCUCCUCGUAAAGAGACACAAAACUUGAACCCGCUAUGCAAGAACACUGGGACGGAGACUUAGGUGAAGUGUCAAAAAGACUGGAUUUAAUAAGUCCAGAAAAACCAGACAGGGGACAAAGCAAACUCUGAACAGAGUGGGGAGAACGUGGAGCAGGGCUGAGACGGAGGUUGGGCUGGACGUGGCAGGACGGAAUGGAAUGUGGAGUUUCUGGAACAGGCAAAAAACAGAACAGGAUUAGCAUACGAAAAAAUCCAACUGGAAGAGUAUACGCCGGAACUGGAGUUUACCACUGUGAGUAUACGAAGAACUGGCGAAGUCUGAUGAUCGAACCGGAGUUUUAAGCAGCAGCAGGUUGUUUGAUUUCCGACAACCCGUUUUGAUGGUGGCUGACCCUGAGUUUAUUAAAACUGUGCUGGUGAAAGAGUGCUACUCUGUGUUUACCAACCGGAGGGAAGCUAUAGCGGAGCCAUCUUUGAAGGAUGCAAUUACAAACGUUAAAGAUGAAAGGUGGAAAAGAAUCCGGAGCACUUUGUCCCCGUGCUUCACAAGUGGACGACUCAAACAGGUUUUCCCCAUCGUUUCUCGCUAUGCAGACAAACUCACUGAAAAACUUGGAAAAAUGAAUUUGGAUGAACCCAUCGAUAUCAAACAAUUCGUGGGACCUUACAGUUUGGACGCUGUGACCAGUGCAUCUUUUAGUGUUGAGGCAAACUCCAUAAACGAUCCAGAUGACCCAAUUAAUGGCCACAUCAAGAAGAUUCUUAACUUUAAAAUGUGGCUUUUGAUAUUAUUGAUGAUGUUUCCCUUUGCUGAUAAUCUGUUGAAGGUCCUGAAAAUUGAAAUCAUGCCAAGCCUCAGCGUGAAAUAUUUCUAUAACAUUAUCAAGAGAUUUAAAGAUGAGCAUCAAGCAGAGGAAUCUAGUCGAGGGGACUUCCUGCAUGUGAUGCUUCAGAAUGAGAUACCAGAAACGGACAUAAAGGGCGAAGAAGAUCAGCCAAGUAAAGGUUUGACUGAGCACGAGAUGCUUUCCCAGGCCUUCAUUUUCAUUUUUGCAGGCUACGAUACCACCAGUGUCACCAUCACUCACCUCCUUUACAAUCUGGCCACCAACCCGGAUGCAUUGCAGACCCUGCAGGAAGAAAUCGAUGCCAGCAUACCAAGAGAUGCUCCCAUUUCAUACGAGGAUGUGAUCGGUCUUCAGUACCUGGAUCAGGUCAUUUGUGAGUCGAUGCGUUUGAUUCCCACUGCACCUCGAAUUGAGAGGAGUUGCAAGAAAACGUCCCAGUUCCACGGCAUCACCAUCCCUGAAGGAACUAUCGUGGGCAUCCCUGUGUUCAUGUUACACAUGGACCCGCGCUUCUGGAGAUCACCUGAGCUUUUCAGACCGGAAAGGUUCAAUAAAGACAGCGGGGAGGAGGUGAACCCGUACGCUUACAUGCCGUUUGGGCUCGGUCCUCGCAACUGCGUUGGGAUGCGCUACGCCGUCCUCACCCUGAAGAUGGUUCUUGUCCGUCUCCUGCAGGAUUACUCUGUGGAGACAUGCAAAGACACCGUGAUUCCUUUGGAGUUCAACUGGAUGUUCCAGCCAAAACAGCCAAUAAAACUACAAUUUGUUCCCAGGAAACAAUAGCCCAAACGGGAGAAUCUCUGAAUAUAACGCGCUUUAUAUCAAUAUGUAAUGUAAUUAAAGGGGGAAGAGGAGAAAGUAUUGCCUUUUUAAGCUCAGGGGAUGUACAAUAAAUUGCUGGAUUAUUUACUCAAUAUCAUCAUGUGUAUAUUAACAACAAGAUCAGUAUUACAAUUCGCUGGGAUGUUAAAAGCAAAUACGUGUGGUGACCACCUAUUUAUACACUGGGUUCAUAAUUCAUACAUGGAACUACAGUUGGGGGUAUUGUUCCCACACGGACAUGUUAUGUGUUUUACUAUAUAUAUUGUGUGCCCUCCUCUCUUCACUCUCUUCUUCCCGGACUGUAACCGGAUAACAUGACCUUAAUUACUCUCUAAUAAAGUACCCUUUUGCAACUUC